AUGCCGAAUACAACCCGGAACAGCUCAGGCACCGAUCACGAUGAUGGCAGAAGGAACCCAGAAACUCCCAUUCCGCUCGAAUCACAAGAUUCAACCCUUCCAAGCUUAGGGAUGGAGCGUAAGAAACGUGCGCGAACUGGAUGUGUCAACUGCAGUCGUCGGCGGCGAAAAUGCGACGAGGUUAAGCCUACUUGCACGGGGUGCAGGACCAGAGGUGACGACUGCCAAUGGCGAAAGUUCGGAUCCUUUCGCGAGUCCAAUAUCAAGGUGCUAGAAUCAGAUCACCCUUCGAUGAGUCGAGGCGUGGCAGCAAGUAAAACCAAGUUUCGGACUAGAUUCCGGAUCUUGAAUGCCCCCCCGAAAGUCUCAGGCUCAAAAGCCACACCCAACAGACACGCUCAUGUGUUUUCCAAGCAAGGACCUGUACAUGAGCCGCCUCUGCUCCCUACUUCAAGUACCAGUGCUGAGCCCUUGCCUGUGGCUACGACGGAAAAUGUCUCGGACUCCACUCCUCCCUUGCUUACCAAUGAGAUCCCUAGUCCUAAUCCGAGUCAAAGUCUAUCACCUUCCCACUCCAAUGAUACAUCGUCACAUCUACCCCAAAAGGACAGCCAAAACAGACCCACUGGGUAUAUUGGGAAUGAGAUUCAUGGCCAUGAUUUGGGACUUCAGGCAGCGUCUCUUCAAUAUAGCCAUCCGCCAGCUACACAAUGCGACUACAAUACCCUUCCCGGGUCUAGAGAUGACUCGUCGAAUCCCUAUAAUUCCAGCCCUGAGUAUGUGAUCGACGAUUUGAGUUGGCUAGAGGGUUUAGCCAGUACCCAGUUCCAUUCAUCUGUGAAUAGCUCUUACCAGCAUAUACCAUCGCCAUUGUUCGACCACAAUGUUUUUUCCGACCCAGCGGAUUUUACCAACGACGUCUUUUUGCCGGGAUCUGCUUAUGAGGCGCUUCAUAAGACUCUACGGAAUCGCCAACUGUGGACCGCCCAGUUGGAUGUACCGAGUCGUCGCAGCUCGCAAGGCUCCGUUUCUUUAGUGCAUACUGGGUUGUUUUCAAAGACCGAGAGGCAACCCCGAGGCUUGGAAUAUAGCAAACCGUUUGAAUUAUCACCCGAAAGGGAACACACCUUGUGGGAAAAUUAUCUUAAUGAAAUUUGCUCCUGGCUCGACAUGUUUGACAAUCAACGCCAUUUUGCUUCCACCUUCCCUCAGAUGGCAAAGUCUUCAAUUUAUCUUCGCUACUCAAUGUUGGCAUUAUCAGCGCGACAACUCGAAAGGCAGCAAAAUCGGAAAUCACAGUCGGAGAGCCUGUCUCUGUAUCAAGAAGCUAUCCACCUCCUUCUACCUGAGUUGGGAAAUAAAACCACUCCUGUAAUAGCCUCUUGUGUUAUAUUGUGUGUCUUAGAAAUGUUGAGUUGCAAUCCCAAAGAAUGGCGUCGCCAUUUAGACGGCUGUGCGUACCUUAUUCAGGCAGCCGGUAUCAACGGCUUUUCUGGAAAAGAAGAACAAGCACUUUUCUGGUGCUUUGCUCGGAUGGAUAUCUGCGGCGGUCUCAUAUCUGAAGAGGAAACGAUCAUACCUCUCCACAAUUGGCGACCAAUUAAUAUGAGUUACAAGGAAGCUGCGGAGACAUUUAUAUCUUCAGCCAAGGCCAAUUUCGAUACGUAUGCUAACUAUACAGUAUAUCUCAUGGCGCGAACGUUGAGCGUUCUUUUUGGCUGUGCCUCGAAAGUUUCUAACCCUUGCACAUCAUGCCAGUCCGUGUCCAGCGAUGGGGUUGACUCAUAUGUUCAGCGCUGGACGGAUUCGUUCGAUCGUGUAGAAGAGUGGUAUGAUAAUCGACCCUCUCAGAUGAAAUCUAUAUUCAACGUUACUGCUUCCAAACGUGAAGGAUUGGAUCAGGCUUUUCCGAUCGCGUUGUAUGGGAACGGGGCUGCCAGUAAGAGAUCGGUUCUUUGGCAUGCUCGACAAAUAUGUGCAAUAUCCGCAUCUAAUGCUCAUCAUGGCUGCUGGACCAAUGCACUUCAGCCUUUGUGGAUAGCUGGAAAGGCUAUGUCUCACCAUUCUGAGCACACUGCCAUUGUUCAAAUCUUGGUUAGAAUUGAACGCGAGACUGGCUGGGCAACGUCUUGGCGCGUUGAAGACUUGAAAGAAGUUUGGGGAGAAUAUGAUGAGCAAGACUGCGAUGUUGACAUGGAUUAA